CCUGGCUUUCCAAUCCUCCUUGGCGGCCGCGUUAGCUGCGUACUUGGCACAGGGAUUCUCCUUUAGUCCGACCGUGCUCCGCUGGAUGGUAUUAACCUUGAUGGCUCUAGUGUCGCGGGUGAUAUUCUCGCUGGCUGUUUUGGUUUCCGUUCGUUAGCUUUCUAUGGCUUGGUGGAGAUGCACGAUUUAGAGUAGUUUGCUGCAUUUUGACAAGCAGGAAGGGGAACUGCGAUGAGCGUGGCUCACACGGCUUGGGGUCCAGUGGGUGUCCGUUUGCGGUGUCGAUAAACUUGACCCGAUGGUGCGCUGGCCUCAGUUGCUCCUGUGGCCAUGGAGUUGCCAUGGUGCCCAAGUCGCUGUAGGCUUCGCGACGAGCAAAAGGCUAUCCAAUCGACCGUUCAGGGCUUCGAUUUCCAAAAGUUUCGUUGUUGCUUUGAACACUUUUCCCUUUUGUCGUUGCGUAACACUGGUUUUACUUGGUCGCAUCUUAGUCAUCAAAGUUGUCACCUUUUAGCCAGUGGCACUAUGGUCGAAAAGCAAGGCCUUGCGUGUCCUCUGGCAUCGUCCAGUUCGCGCUUUCAUAUCAACGGCUCAAGAGAGGAGCCUGAGGACCUCGAUGCUCACUUCAGCUUCAACAAGACUUUGCUUGUUGAAGACGACAAAAAUGGAUAUCACACCGCUAUCUCUUCGCCUGAAGCCGCAUCAUUAGAACUUAACGAAGCCCUGUUGACUGACCAAACGAUGAUGCCACCGACGGCUUAUAGACUUUAUCUAGAAAUGGUGGAUAUUCAACAGUCCCUACAGCCGCUCAUUCUGAGUAAAGGCCACGACGAUGAUUGGGAGGACGUUUUGGAGCUCUGUAGAAUGCUGGAACGAGCUACAACAGGCCUGGUGCUCAUCGUUGCCCAGGAAAUGUCCGCGUUGUCUAGCAUAGGACACCGGCGAGACCAUUGACGGCCUGAGCUGGUUUAAAUGAUAAUCAGUCAUCGCUUGGAGGCAUUACAUGAGAUAGCAUAAAUGCAUGGAGUGAGCGUGACAAUACUGGUAUUGACGCGGACUGCCACAGAAGGGUUUGGAAAAGGAC